AUGAUCUCCCUCUCCACCCUCCUCCUAACCGUAUCUCUAACUCUCACCGCAACCGCCCACCCCUCCGUUACCCACCAAAAACGCAGCGUGACAUGCCUCAAAGUCGGCGCCACCGCAACAGCCAGCUGGACCAACAGUGCCGAUCAAACCUGCACGUAUGUGGGUGUGGUAGGCAGUAAUUAUGGGGAGAAUAGUGAUGGUGAUGGAGAUUACUCCUGCAACGGACGCUGCGGAUCAGGAUGUAGCGGUAUCGCACUGGGCAAUGUCUACACCCAGGAUUGCUUUUCGCAUGAUAUCUGCUCGUAUUUUGAGGAUGCGAGCGGGGGUGCUAGUGACCCCAACUGCGGAGCAGCAUACAAGGCCGCAGAGGAUGAUUACUUGCUGGGAUUGAUUGAUGGGUGCUCGCAGACGAAUCCCACUAAUGCGGUGGUGAAGCCGACGGCGACUCCUGUUUGUACUUGA